GCCCAAUCAACGAAUGCGUGCUCGUUACGUCAUUUUCUAACCCAAGUUCACGAGAACGUAACAGAUGCGUCACAUGCGCGCUGUUCCACUGUUGUUGCGUCUCUCUACUGAAAUCCGAGGAUAGAUGUUUCGAUUUCAGUCACUGGAUGACGACUGUACAUUGGAGGAGGAAGUUGACGGAUUAGUAGAAGAAGAAGAUGAAAUUGAUCAGUUUAACGAUGACACCUUUGGAGCUGGAGCUGUUGAUGAUGACUGGCAAGAGGAACAUAAGCGCCUUGCUGAGCUUGAUGAGCGAGAUGAGCUUGGUGAGGGACUUGGGUUGGCAGUGGGGGUGAAAGAUGAAUCAGAAUUGGGUGAUGAUGAGAAUUCAUCGUCCACCUAUGUCACAUCUGGCUGGGGUCAUCUCCCCUUUCAUCCACCUCGUCAUUCAGCCCACCACUCCUCAUCUGGUGUGGAACAAACAGAUUUGGAAGAUGGAAGAAGGGAAAGUGACUUGGCUGAGUCAUUGGCAAGAAUGGUUCUGGAUGCUGACCCAGCUAUUGCUGGAGUUGGAACAGCAGAGAGGCCCAUUUCUUCUCAAAACCAAAGGUCGGGGCAUGACUCAAGGUCUAGAGCCCUACACCAACCUUCCACCAUUUCACAUUCACCUUAUCCCCACCAGCACCCCCAGCAGCACCAACGACCUGCUGCUCCUUCCACUUCAGGCCAUUCUCCAUCAUCAAUGCUUACCUACCAACAGCAGCAGCAUUUACUUCGCUCUCUACCUGGUACCAUUGGCCAGAUGAACUCGCGGAAUAUCUGGGAGAACAGAAUGGGUUUUGGACCAGUCAGUGUAACCCCAGGACUAGUUACACACAUGGAGCUGCCUCUUCAGGAUAGUCCUUUAAUGUCAAUAAUAAAGGAGGUGGGGCUUCCAAAACGUCCAUCAAAGGGGCAGAAUGAUGGCCGGGAUUUGUCAGAAAGGGUUCCACCACCACGGUCUUCUUCACCUGUGAUUGGGUCCCCUCCAGUAAGGGCAAUGCCUAUUGGGACUCCGCCCAAACAACCAAUGGGUCACUCCUUAAAUCAUCAGAUUCAUCAUCCCACUGCAGUUCAUGUGCGAGCCAACAUCCAGCAAAGAUACCCACCUCCUUUCCCUGAACGUCUUUCACCCAACACUCUUCUCAAUUUCUCUAACGCGCCACUUUGUCGUGGACCAUUUCCUCCAGGAAUCAGUCCAGUGCUGUCACAGAUUCAACGGGCCCAGCUUCUCAACUCUCAGGUAGCUGGAGUACCCUGUGGUGGUCCUGUGCCUCCUUUGGUACCAGCUGGGGGUGGUUUCAGACCGUUUUUCAGUGGCCCCCACCCUACACACAGUCAUCGAAUGGCUCCGCUGCAUUCUCAUGGCCACCCCAGCCACAUGCCACCCUUGAGGCACAACGCCACUCACCUCCAUCCUCAACACCGGCGCAUACUUACCCAGCGCAUGCAAAACAGGGGCGGGGACCGAAGCAGAACUGGAGGAGAUUGGCGGAGCAGGGACCCGUAUAGUAACCUGAUGACUCAGAAAGAGAAAGAAUGGGUCACUAAAAUCCAAAUGAUGCAACUUCAAAGUACUGACCCUUUCCUGGAUGACUACUACUAUCAGCACUACUAUGAAAAGAUGGAGAAACGUCAGGAGAAAGAAAGAGACAGCAGUAAAAAAGAACACACGACCAAGCUCAUCACUCCACAAGUUGCCAAGAUUGAACACACCUAUAGACCAGUUCAAUUUGCAGGGUCUCUGGGUAAGUUGACAGUUUCAAGUGUCAACAAUCCACGUAAAAUGAUUGACGCAGUAGUGACCACACGCUCUGAUGAUGAGGAGAAAAGGGAAAAGCAGGUUUGGAAUAAGAGACGGCAGAUUCUGUACACUGUGGAAAAGAUCUACAGUUUGUUGCUUGAGGUUCAAGACUUUGAGAAACGUUAUGUCCAUGCACCAGAGGAGGACAGGGAGUCGUUACUGGAGCAGCACAAAACCAAUACUGUGCAGCUCUGUAACUCUCUACAAGAGAAGGAGUGGGAUGACAGGGUGAGUGAUGAGCGAUGUGUAAUGAUCAUGUCUGUGAGGAAAGGCAAGCGGCUCAUCUCCAGGCUCCUCCCCUACCUACCGACAUCCCAGGCUGCUGCCGUUGUCAUGGCAAUUGCCCGCAACCUUCCAACCCUGGCCAAGAAGGACAAGCAGGACCAGGUGCUGUGCUGGUUAGUGGAGCCAGUCUCUGCUGUAGUCAUCUCCAUGUCGAGCACUGCACUCACAGACCUGCUCCAGGAGCUUCAGGGCAGUGAGGGUCAACUUGUCACAGUACUGCAUAAUAAGUUCGGUGUGACACUGCUCUAUCUGAUCUUGAGUGAAGGAGAGAGAAUGCAAAGCUCCAACCCCAACUGUCAGCUUAUGGAUGACAAUCGAUGGACAGACCUGGUGUUUUCUGUGACCAGGGAGUUGCUCAACAUUCCCUCUUCAUCCCUCUCAUCUCCUCUCUUCACACCUUCAAACCUGCUCACCCUCUUCUCGCGCUUUAUUGACCAUCAGCGCUUGGACUUGUUGCAGGAAAAGCUACAGAUCACUGACUUGUCCAGGUAGAUGGUCAUCAAUCCAACCCCUGUCCUCAACACUUGAUGCAGACCUGUCUGUGUGUACGCUUGACAUAGACUCAUUUUAAAUGAGAGAGAGAGAGAGAGAGAGAGAGAGAGAGAGGAGAGAGAGAGAGAGAGAGAGAGAGAGAGAGAGAGAGAGAGAGAGAGAGAGCCAACUGCUGUUUGAGUGGCGAUGGAAAUUGCAUCUUUUUAAAAUCUUGUUUACAAUUAUGGCUGUGUUGAACCUUCAAAUUAAAAAUGAUUUCUUUUAUGUAAUAA